GUUGGCAAAUAAGAUAGCAUAUGAGUAGGUGAUCCAAAAUAAAAGCAAAUAGCGGAAAAUCGAAAGAGGUUUAGGUAUUAGCAGCGGCGGAGGGCGACAAAAUGAGCACAAAACGAGGUCCUCCUAAACACCAGAAUAAAUUCGCCUGGAAACCCAAAGCCGGCGUCAAGAUCAACGAAACCGAAGUUGGAGGCAAGUUCAGGCCUCUCUCCGAGAUUACCGGAGUAUGCCCACGCUGUAAAGAUCAAAUUGAAUGGAAGCGUAAAUAUGGCAAAUACAAACCCCUCUCUGAACCCGCUAAAUGUCAAAAAUGUUCGAAACGAGCUGUUCGUCAGGCUUAUCAUAAUUUAUGUACAGCUUGCGCAAAGGAGCAUAAUGUGUGCGCCAAAUGUUCGCGUCAAGUUAAUAGAAUUGUUGGAAGAGACAUUACAGAAGUGGAAGCUGAGCAGAAGAUGCUUGAGGAGGCUAUAAAUAAUGCCAGAGAAAGGGAAAAGAGGACCCUGCUUCGCGCUAUGAACAAAGCAAAACUGGAGACGUCUGCAGCAAAAGCCCCAAGUACUGAUGUUUCCAAGGUAGGGGACUUAUUUACAGCAGCAUCCCUCGAUGAAUAUGCAGAAAUUAGCAGAGAUGAUGAAGAUAAUGACAGUAAUGAUGAAGCCCAAAUUCUCGACUGAGACAGUCAAAGGAGGCUCGAAGAGAGCUAAGCUGUAGCUGUAUUUUUGUUUAUUUUGCCCCCUAUAACUAAAUUCCCUUAUUUGGCUUAUAUUUGAAGUUCAUUUGUUUCAUUAUAUAAACUCACUAAACACUAAAACCAACAUUUAUCUUAUGCUCUAUUUCCAACUUCUCUUGA